AUGCAACGUGCGCUUCACGAGAUUCAUUCUCCUCCAUCUCUCCUAGCUCUUUGUGUCCAGAAGCUGGCACAAAACCUGAUCAAGUAUGGGCCGAAAAGAGUACGCUAUGCCACGCUAUCAGCCUUGCCUAGGAGAGCGUUGGAGGAGCUGUUGGACAUUCUGGUUGCGAAAAACGCCCUGAAUGACAACGUUCUACCUUACGCCUUAACCCGACAGACUCACAAAUUGGGUCUGGAGGGUGCAUCUCAACUGCGACGCUGCGUGUUGAGCACCAUAGGACGUUCUUGCCCAAACCUUUGUGUACUCGAUGUGCGGACUUGUCAACAGAUUGACAACAAAAUCGUCAGAGACGUCCUUCAGCACUGUGAGAGAUUGGAAGUUUUGCGCCUGGACGGUUGCCCUCGAAUUUCGGACAGCGCAUUUGCUCCGGCGCUGUGGAAGCCACCGCUCGCGGGUCUUUUGGGUCUUCGUGAGCUGUCAGUAGGGAAGUGCGGCCAGAUCACGGCAGAGGGAUUGAUGGGAUAUGUCCUCAAAGGAGCUCCCUACCUGAGGACCCUUGGACUGGCCUAUUGCCAUGGGACUGUGACAGACGAGGUGGCAUCUGAGCUCCUCUUUCAAUUCGGCCUACAAGCUCUUGAUUUGUCCUUCUGUUCACAGUUGUCAGACGCACCUUUUCAAGCGCAUCCUCGUUCUCUGCUUCGGGAGCUGAGAUUGUCAAACACAAAUGUGGGAGACAAAGGCAUCGAGGAGAUCGCCAAAAGAUCUCCUCAGCUGGAAGUCCUGGAUGCAGGGUGGGCCAUGAAACUUACCGAUGCUGGAAUUCUCGCUGUUCUCAACCACUGCUGCAGAUUGCAAUCCCUUUGCGUUUGCCAAACAGAGAUCACAGAUAAGUGCUUCGAAGCCAUCAUGAGGUGCCGCAAUCUUGAAUGUCUCAAUGCAUCGUGGUGUCUACGCGCUACAGCUCAUGCGCUUGAUAUCCUUUCAGAUCAGACUGUGGAGUCGAGACCUCCAUUGAAGCGAUUUGACUUGGACCACUUGGGCGCGAUGGCUUUAGACACUGGAGUAGAUGCCGUGGGGCCACUGCCAAUGCCACUAACUGCUUCCCCGGUGCAAUGGGCGCAGUCUGCUUCUUCUUUGUCGCCGCUUCCACCAUACUGGUUGCCGACUCGGCUGCCCUUGUCAGAGCCACCUUCUAUGUUGCUGCCUCCAGCAGCAGGAGAUGAUACCGUACAGGAAGGCUGCUGGGAACCACCAGCUGCGCCGCGACCGUGUGCUUUGCCGUCCCUCAAAAACAUUGUCGCAGUAUACGGAAAAUCACUGGAGCAGCUGCUGUUGGACGGCAUCAAGGACAUUGCUUAUGCUCCUGCUUUGGAGGCGGUAGCGUCAAACUGUCCUAUGCUGGAGCAGCUUGCAGUGACGCUUCCAGAAAGCGACACUGAUGCUGCUUUGAAGGCAGCGUUGAGCCUCAUCGGUGCUCAAUGCAGCUGUUUGGUUCUCCUUCGCCUCGAUUCCUCUUCGCGGUCACACAAAGCUGCAGUGGACUCUUUGGCACUUCCCCUGUUCAGUCGCUUGAGCUCUCUAACUCUGUGGUGCUCUGCAGGGAGCGGCCUUCAGGACCCGCAGUUGGAGACCAUCCUUUCUGGCCGAACCCUGUUGCAGACCCUGGUCCUUCGAAACUGUGCAGUGUCGGAAGGGCUGUUUCCUAGGUGGUGCAACAGGGACCGCGACGAAGCUCUUGUAAGGCAGCUGGAUCAGGUGUUACUCUCCUCUUUGAACCGCAGUUUUUCUGAGACGCUUCAGCUGAAGCCAGCGGAUUUGCCAGAAUCCGUGCCUCUGCGCCGAAAAAGGCAGCACUUGAACUCAGCUGCGGCAGCAUUGCGAUCCGUGACGUACUUUUCUCUUGGAGGUGCUAGCUCUCUCUCAGACCGAUCCUGUGAUGCCUUAGCAGAACUACUCCAUGACGCGCAGACGGUGGAUCUUCGAGGAUGUCCACAGCUGAGUGAAGAGACAUUGAGAUCUUUUCGCAAAGGUUGCCGCUUCAUCAGGUCCGUGUCGGUGACGAUGAGGGAAAGGACGUUGACCUGGACAGCCCUGACCAGCUCGGUCAAAAAGCAUCGGCACCGGAGACGCUCACACUUCACUUCGGCCUUUGUCUCGGAAAAAUGGGCAGCUCGGGCACCGAGAGCAAUUGACUUGGCGGAGAAAAAGCGGGUGCUGAGCAGCGACAGGGUUCCAAGAUGUUCCAAGCUUACGCGCAGCUCGUCUUCCACCAUGAUGGGCGGCAUUCUGGCCCUGUUGUCUGCUGGUGGUUACACUGCUUAUCAGGUGCUUUUUCGCUGGUCCUUUGGGCAUCAGACCACCUGGGCAUCAUUUCGAAUGAGGGAUAGGAGAGCUGCUGCAGGCCUGGGAUACCGUCGGACAUUGGGUCGUGUGUCGUGUGUCCACUCGGCGACAGAAAUGGGGAGUGAGAAAUUCCAUGGCUUAGGCCUUGCAGGAGCAGGAGGGUCACCAUGCAUCACCGUUGUUGAAUCUCUUGCUUUGCCAUCUUGGUGGGCUGCUGUCACUUGGAUACGGAAGCGGGCCAUUUUCUGGUGGGCAGUGAUCAUUAGUGCUGCCAGUUGGAUCGUAUUGUCUCCGAAAGAUGCUCCCAAUGAUGUGGUGUUUGCGAAAAGAUGUCCUGUGCUGACCUCCUUCUAUCCCAGUCAUCAUGUGGUACUCAUCACGGUUGUCGCAGUCAUCACGGUUGCAGAAACGAUCACUUUCGGCCCAAAGACUUCGGCGCUGUUCUUUGCUUUCCUUAUCAUGGGUUACAACUAUGCCUGGCUUCUAAGCACCAGCUAUGUGGAGUUGUCCCUGACCAAUGCCAUUUUUCAGCUUUCUGUGGCUUUGGUCUACCUCUGCAGCAUAUACCUUUUUGCAGAGGCAGUUUCCUUGGAUCGCGUGGUGGGUGUGCUGCUGUCAGUGCUAGGUUCCUUUUUGGCAAGCGGAGGUUUGCCGUCAGGAGGCAGCUCGUCUUCCACCAUGAUGGGCGGCAUUCUGGCCCUGUUGUCUGCUGGUGGUUACACUGCUUAUCAGGUGCUUUUUCGCUGGUCCUUUGGGCAUCUGAAAUCGGACGUUGCUUUCUUGGCACACUUUGGGGCAUGGGUAAGCAUUUGGCAUGUGCUGGUUAUUCUGCCACUCGUUUGGGCGGCAGAUGUUUUGGGUUAUGAGCGCCUUCAAUGGUGCUUGUCAUGAGAGUGCAGAAGGUACUGUAGUUUUUGCUAGUUUUCACAGAAGGACACAUGCGCAAUAGACAUUGUGUCUGCAUGCGUGCGGAAAUCGACUGCUUUUGAACGGAUUUGGAUGAUUCUGAAUGUUUGUUACCGGCUUAAAGGCUGUGGGGCCAGG